GCAGCCGUCUAGGAUUCCAGUCUAGGGGCGUCCCCGGCGUCCCCAGCCCGAGUUUCCGAGCGCCGGGCCGCGCCCGCUCCUGCCCGCGUCGUGUCCCCGCUGCCGUCGGAGACUGUCCCUUAACUCGUCUCUCCGCACCGGGGGCCGGGUCCUCGCGGCCCAUGGUGGCCGCUGGGGACCCACGCAGCCUAGGUCUGUCUCAGGCCGGCCAGCCGGCCACCAUGGUGGCCCUGAGGCCUGUGCAGCUUCUCCAGGGAGGCUAAGAGACCUAAGGGUGAGAGGGUCCCUGGCCAGAAUCCUGCGCCAUGGCUGGAGCCAUCGCUUCCCGCAUGAGCUUCAGCUCGCUUAAGAGGAAGCAGCCCAAGACAUUUACGGUGCGGAUCGUCACCAUGGACGCCGAGAUGGAGUUCAACUGCGAGAUGAAAUGGAAAGGGAAGGACCUGUUUGAUUUGGUGUGCCGAACACUGGGGCUUCGGGAAACCUGGUUCUUUGGACUUCAGUACACAAUCAAGGACACUGUGGCCUGGCUCAAAAUGGACAAGAAGGUGUUGGAUCAUGAUGUUUCAAAGGAAGAACCAGUUACAUUUCACUUCCUGGCCAAAUUUUAUCCUGAAAAUGCUGAGGAGGAGCUAGUUCAAGAGAUCACGCAACACUUAUUUUUCUUACAGGUGAAGAAGCAGAUUUUGGAUGAAAAGAUCUACUGCCCUCCUGAGGCUUCAGUGCUCUUGGCUUCCUAUGCUGUCCAAGCCAAGUAUGGUGACUAUGACCCCUCUGUGCACAAGCGGGGAUUUUUAGCCCAAGAGGAAUUGCUUCCAAAAAGGGUGAUAAAUCUAUAUCAGAUGACUCCGGAAAUGUGGGAGGAGAGAAUUACUGCUUGGUACGCGGAGCACCGGGGCAGAGCCAGGGAUGAAGCUGAAAUGGAGUAUUUGAAGAUAGCUCAGGACCUGGAGAUGUACGGCGUGAACUACUUUGCAAUCCGGAAUAAAAAGGGCACAGAGUUGCUGCUUGGAGUGGAUGCUCUAGGGCUUCAUAUCUAUGACCCUGAGAACAGGCUGACCCCCAAGAUCUCCUUCCCAUGGAAUGAAAUCCGAAACAUCUCCUACAGCGACAAGGAGUUUACUAUUAAGCCACUGGAUAAGAAAAUUGAUGUCUUCAAAUUUAACUCCUCAAAGCUUCGUGUUAAUAAACUGAUUCUCCAGCUGUGUAUUGGGAACCAUGACCUAUUUAUGAGGAGAAGGAAGGCUGACUCUUUAGAAGUUCAGCAGAUGAAAGCCCAGGCCAGGGAGGAGAAGGCAAGAAAGCAGAUGGAGCGUCAGCGACUGGCUCGAGAGAAGCAGAUGCGGGAGGAGGCUGAGCGCACAAGGGAUGAGUUAGAGAGGAGGCUUCUGCAGAUGAAAGAAGAAGCAACCAUGGCCAAUGAAGCGCUGAUGCGGUCUGAGGAAACCGCUGACCUGUUGGCUGAAAAGGCGCAGAUCACAGAGGAGGAGGCCAAGCUUCUGGCACAAAAGGCUGCAGAGGCUGAGCAAGAGAUGCAGCGAAUCAAGGCCACAGCCAUUCGGACAGAGGAGGAGAAGCGCCUGAUGGAGCAGAAGGUGUUGGAGGCGGAAGUGCUAGCACUGAAGAUGGCUGAGGAGUCAGAGAGGAGGGCCAAAGAGGCUGAUCAGCUAAAGCAAGACCUUCAGGAAGCCCGAGAAGCAGAGCGAAGAGCCAAGCAGAAACUCUUGGAAAUUGCCACCAAGCCCACAUAUCCACCUGUGAACCCAAUCCCAGCACCACUGCCUCCUGACAUACCAAGCUUCAACAUCAUUGGUGACAGCCUAUCAUUCGACUUCAAGGAUACUGACAUGAAGAGACUUUCCAUGGAGAUAGAGAAAGAAAAAGUGGAGUACAUGGAGAAGAGCAAGCAUCUGCAAGAGCAGCUCAAUGAACUCAAGACGGAAAUCGAGGCCUUGAAACUCAAAGAGAGGGAGACAGCCUUGGAUAUCCUACACAACGAGAACUCAGACAGGGGCGGCACCAGUAGCAAGCACAAUACCAUUAAAAAGCCUCAAGCCCAAGGCAGAAGACCUAUCUGCAUUUGAGUCCUCAAAGUAGGUUAUUCCCAGCUCACUCUGCAGAGCGCCAAGUCCCGAGUGGCCUUCUUUGAAGAACUCUAGCAGUGAUCCAGCCACCUCAGGAUCUGCCACUUCUGCUGCUCCUGACAGCGACAGGAUGGGCCUGGCCCCUUGGGAGCCAUCAAUAGGGAGCUGGCUUGUUUGGGAACUCCGAAUAGGGGGCCCAAUCCCCUUUGUGUGCAGUUGGUUUUGAACUCUGGCCCUGUAGAGAGCUCUCAAGGUGUUCUAGUUCUCUUGGCCUGCAUCUUUUUUUUUCUUUGUGCCUCCCCCCCUUUGAGAAGUAUUUGUUGUUGUGCAUGGAUGCCAUCCUUCCUACGUUCUAGGCACUGUGGUGCAAGUGUCCCAGUGCCUGCUGCUCACUCCAGAACCUGGUUUGGGAAGUGGCUUUAGGAGUCCAGUGUGGAGGCUGCCUAAAAUCUAUCAUGCUGGUGCUACCUGCUCCCCCACUGGGGUUCUGAGAUGUGCCUCUCCUCCACAAUGAGGACCUGACAUGGUGCAGAAGCAUGGCCAGGCUGGCUAGAGCCAGCAAUGAUGGUUCGUUAGCCAGGCUCCCGAGACAGUGUUGUAGCUGUCUGAUGGUGGGAAGCAGGCUGGUGGCUAGCUGAAGGGCUGGGAGGCGAGUGGAGCCCAUGCGGGCUCUGACAGGACAGUGUGUACAUGACACCCUCAGGCUCACUCACCUGCCUGUGGUGUGCCAGGGGUUUCUUGGUCACAUUCCCGUUAGGGCCUCCAUUAUCCCAUUCAGCACAUGGAACUCCAGCCCUGCUGCUUGUCCCAUCAUAUUCUUCGCAACUCUAAUACCUAGUCCUCAUUGCCCUGGUCUUCUCCGAGAGCCCUUCUUUCACAGUUGAGUGGUCUCACAGGUCAACCCUAUGGGUUGCCUCCAUGCUGGGCAGCAGAUGCGUAUCAUGUAGCUCACACACUCCAUGAUUGGCUCUACCUUCUUUGUAAUGGGUGUCCUCCUGUGGCCAGAUAAGCCCUUCAGGUCCUGAUAGAGCAGGUCAUGUGUCUCAGUCCAUGAAGAGAUGUAUAUUAACUGAAGACAGCUGAGUUGAGGGUCUGGGAGCAAAGGAAUGCUCCACAGUACAGUUUGGUUUUGAGAAACUGAGGCACUCUACCUUGUUCCCACUGACUGGCUGCACUUUUGGCCACCUGGUCAUAGUAGCCACCCCUGAGUGUCACCCCAGCUCCUUGGCCACCUAGGUUAGGAUUCUAGUCUGGAACCUAAGGCAAAGGACCCCGGACUUGACACUGUCAUUUGCCAAGUCUGCUCUGGCUCUGAUGUCGAGCUGUCUUCUCCGGCCUGAAAUCCAUCCCUGACUUCCUUCCAGGAUUGACUUUCUUCCUCUCUGUAAAUUGAAUCUUUGACAAUGGCUGUGGACACAGGACCAUGAUGCUGGUUUAUAAAAAUUAUGCCAGGCCUUGUUUUUGUUUUUUUUAACUUAACUACUGUUUGUGUCUCAAAUUUUGGGAAUGCCAAGCUACAUAACCACAUGGGAACCCUGGUAUUUGAGCAGUGGUAGGUGUAACUAUUGCCUCAUAGGUGGGACCCGAAACCCACUCAGUCAGGAGUACCUCAGCUUCCCUGGAGAGAGAAGCAGGGGUCCUCAGAGUGUCUCCAGCCCCAGUAGGAGGAGGACUGAAAGCAGUGCCCAUUUUGAGUCUGUGGCUGAGUCCUUUCUGGUAGGCAGUUACAAAGUCGAAGAGGAAGGUCUCUGCAAUCCGAGGAAGUGGGCUCCAGCCCUGGCUGUUUUAAUUUCUAGCUGCAAUGGCUCUCGUGCAGAGGUACCGUGAUUCCGAAACAUUCACUUCUCAGUGCAGGACACUGAGGCUUUGCUGUUGGCCUGUGGCCACUCUAUAUCCUGACUAAGGUCGUACCUCAGUCACAACAGCACUCUGACCCGAGGUCACUGCUCAGCUAUUCAUGUACUAGCCAGGCCUUGCUGGACAACACCCAUGGAUGUACAUAAAACACUACUUGAGUUACUGUUUUGUCUUGUAGACCGGUUUCUCUUGCUCCCUCACUUUCAGAAAAGUCCAGAGGCUGACAACCAACAGCAGUGACUAACUGUCCUUGCCAACAGGGCCAGAGGCUCAAAACACCUAGUGCAAGCAUCCUUCGUGGGGGUCGUGGGGGUAGGGUGUGGACAUCCAGCCUCUUCAGGUGCCUUGAGGCCAAGCCAGCGCAGCACCCAUGGGCUUCCAUUCCUCUGGGUUUUUUUGUUUUUUUGUUUUUUAUUAUUGAACCGCUCACUCCUGUUGGGCCCAGAACAUAAAGCUGUUUUCUAUUUGGGGUGGGGUGAUUGUAAUUUAAGUGAUUGUUUAAAUAAAAAUCCUAAGUGCAAGACUCUG